AUGGAUUUGGUAUUGGAGUUUUUCGACACUUUUGGUCUGGAUUACGUGUAUUCCAAGACUUUGCCAGCGUCUUUGGCGUCGCAGUUUUCCUCGCAACUGCAACAAACGCUUGCUUUGAACAAGGGCAAUCUCAGUAGUUUGGUGGAAUCAGCAUCGGCAUCAGCAGCUGCAUCGGCUGGAAAAUACGGGUAUGCUCCAUAUCUGUUCCAUUUGACUGACUACACAGCGGAGUCCUUGCUGCCCCGUUACAACGUUUUGCGUCAGUUUUUGUCGCUAACGGUUAUUAUGACCGUUUUCGGCUGGCUGCUGUAUCUUGGGGUCGCAACGUUUUCGUAUGUGUUCAUCUUCGAUAAGGCGAUCUUCAAUCACCCACGCUACUUAAAGAACCAGAUGUCGCUCGAGAUUAAACAGGCCAUUUCUGCAAUCCCGGUGAUGGUCUUGCUGACCGUACCUUGGUUUUUGAUCGAGCUACAGGGCUACUCGAAGCUGUACAUGAAUAUUGACACCGAAAACCACGGUGUACGCCAGUUCUUCCUCGAAUAUGUGUAUUUUCUACUGUUCACGGAUUGUGGCAUUUACCUGCUGCACAGGUGGUUGCACUGGCCUCGUGUUUACAAGGCGUUGCACAAGCCACACCACAAGUGGUUGGUUACCACCCCAUACGCUUCUCACGCUUUCCACCCGGUCGAUGGCUACUUUCAGUCGCUUCCAUAUCACCUCUACCCCAUGCUAUUCCCGCUAAACAAGGUUUCUUACUUGAUCCUUUUCACAUUUGUUAACUUCUGGACCGUUAUGAUUCACGACGGUGAAUAUUUGGCCAACGACCCGGUCGUCAACGGCGCUGCAUGCCAUACCGUCCACCAUCUCUACUUCAACUACAACUACGGUCAGUUCACCACGCUAUGGGACAGAUUGGGAGGCUCUUACCGUGAGCCAGACAGAGAACUGUUCAACAAAUCGUUGAAGAAGAGCUCCAAGACCUGGGAAGAACAGAUCAAAAAGAUGGAAGUCAUCAAGCAAAAAGUUGAAGGUAAAGAGGACGACAGAGUCUACGGAACCGAGGAGCGUUACAAGAAGAUUAACUGA